AUGCCCUCCGUUACCGUGCAAGACUCCAACCUGGUCGGCGGCCACGCGGAAAGCCGGCCACGCCUCUCAUCCCCGAUCACGUACAGCGGCGCCCUGGACAAGUAUAUCAAGACCUUUGCCGAUGUAACGCCCGUCAUUGGCCGCGAGAUCUACGGCCUGCAAAUCCGCGCCAUCCUCAAGGAAGAGGACGAAGCCGUGUUCCGGGACAUGGCCUCGCUCAUUUCCCAGCGCGGCGUCGUGUUUCUCAAGGACCAGGAUGUCACCCCGAGCGAGAUGAAGGACUUCAUGCUGCGGCUCACCGAGGCCGGUGGCUGCCCCGCCAGCUCGGGCCUUCACGUGCACCCGCUCACCGAGGAGGGCAGCGAGCUGGGCGACCAGAUCAGCGUCAUCUCCAGCGAGAAGCAGAAGAAGGGCGGCGGCUUGACCCACCAGCUCAGCGACGUGUCUCGCUUCGCCAGCGCGGGAUGGCACAGCGACAUCACGUUCGAGAAGGUGCCUUCGGACUAUGCCAUGCUCAAGAUUCACACCUUGCCCGAAACGGGUGGUGAUACACUCUGGGCAUCGGGCUACGAGAUUUAUGAUCGUCUUUCGGAGCCCAUGAAGCAGCUCUUUGAGGGUUUGACCGCCACUCACGAUGCCUCCUUCUUCCAUGACGAGGCCAGGCGUCUCGGGAACCCCCUUCGCGAGGGUAUCCGCGGCUCUCCCCUCAACCAGGGCGGCAACCUCACGGCGGUGCACCCCAUCAUCCGCACCAACCCCGUGACGGGCUGGAACGACCUGCUCCUCAACUACCUCUUCAACCUCGUCACCCAGAACCACGAUGCCCAGGUGCGGUUCCGCUGGGCCAAGAACGACUUGGCCAUCUGGGACAACAGGUCCACCUUCCACUGUGCUACGUACGACUACGACGCCGCUAGGGCGGGCGAUCGCGUGUGCAGCCUCGGCGAGGCGCCUUAUUUGGACCCCAGCAGCACUGGACGAAGGGCGGCGCUCGACGCUUAA